AUGUCCGAAAAGGCCCACCGUGAGGUGCCCUCUCAGGAGAAGGAGAAGCAGGAUGAGGCCUUCGUCGAACAUGCCCACUCAGGAAUGUUUGACGAUGAAAAAGCUGCCAAGAACCAGGGUGACUACUCCGGUGCUGUUGCAAAGACAGAUCCAAGGGAGAUCCAGCUGGUCCGCAAGUUGGACAUGCGAAUGAUGCCCAUUGUGUGGGCCAUGUACUUCCUCAACUACGUCGAUCGCAACGCAAUAGCAAGUGCACGUCUGAAUGGUCUGGAAGAUGACCUUGGGCUCCAGGGAACACAGUACAACACCUGCAUUUCUAUUUUGUUUGUUGGAUACCUGAUAAUGCAAAUCCCGUCCAACAUGCUCAUGUCUUCCGGAAAGGUCCGAGCCUCCGUAUACAUGAGUAUCUGCAUGGCAGGCUGGGCUGUAGUGUCCGCCUGCACAGCCCUCACCAAGAACUAUACAGGGCUCGUGCUGGUUCGAUUCUUCCUCGGAAUCGCCGAGGCCCCGUUCUACCCCGGUGCUCUGUUCCUCCUCUCCCUCUUCUACACGCGGAAGGAAAUCGCCCUCCGAAUCUCCAUCUUAUACUCUGGCAACAUCGUCGCAACCGCUAUGUCCGGUCUUAUCGCCCUCGCCACAUUCGAAACACUCGACGGAGCUCAUGGCCUGAAGGGGUGGCAGUGGCUGUUCAUCAUCGAGGGAGUCGUGACAUUCGGCAUUGCCGUGCUGGGUCUCUUCAUGCUUCCUGACCACCCUCUCACUACCCGCUGGCUCACGCCUGAAGAGCGAGAGUUGGCUCAUGCUCGUAUCCUCGCAGACACCGUUGGAAACGAGAACUCGAAGGGCGUCUUGGCCGGUCUGAAGGAGGCUUGUCGUGACCCUCGCCUCUACCUUCUGGGUUUCAUGCAGAAUAUGCACCUCAGCGCCUGUGGCUUCAACAACUUCUUCCCUACCGUCAUCGGAAGUCUCGGCUUCAACACGACCAUCACCCUCGCCCUCACCUGCCCACCAUACCUAGUCUCAGGUGCAGUCGGUAUCGUCGUGGGUAUUACCUCUGGGAAAUUGAACGAGCGAACGUGGCAUAUCACAGUGACCAUGGGCAUCGCCGUAAUCGCAUUCAUCAUAUCCUGCACUACAAUGAAUACCGGGGCGAGAUACCUCUGCUGCUUCCUGUUCACCAGCGGUGCAUACGCCGUGAACUCGGUGAUCCUUGGCUGGGUCUCGGCCACGCUCGGCCAGACUCCUGAGAAGAAAGCAGCUUCGUUAUCGUUUGUUAAUGUUGUUGCGAAUGCGUCCUAUAUUUAUACCCCUUAUUUGUAUCCGGACUCUGAUGGACCGCGGUAUAUCAUCGCCAUGUCAAGCAAUGCGGCUUUCGGAACGGCGACGAUUAUCAGUGCCUGGGCGCUGCGGUGGUGGUUGAAGGCCACGAAUAAGAAGAUUCUGCGAGGAUCUGUUGCUGGAGCUGAGGAUGGGGUCUUCUAUGCGUAUUAA